CUAGCAACAGUGAAAUAAAAAAUUCUACGGAUUAGAAUUUACAUUGAUUGAACUGACGUCUCCAUUGCAUGUUCAAACAAUUUAAUUUAAAAACGAGAAAGUCUUAACUGCAGUGGUGAUUGAAAAUUAAAAAAAGAAAAUCGUGGGACUUGGAAUUAGUUUAUUAGUUUAUCGUGUGAUUUUCUGUUUUGUGAUUUGACAAAGUACCGUAGAAUUGGCGAAGAAAGAAAUAGUUCGCCUAAAGCACAUCAUUAUAAAAAACUAAUUCAGUUUCACCUCAGACAUUUCAAUUUAGGAGGAAAAUAAUAGAAAAAAAAUGACAUUGAACGAUUUAAAUUAUAAUUUUGUCACCCGAUUUUGACGGUGAGUGAAGUACAAAAAAUAUUCAGAAUAUUUCAUAUUUGAUUGGAAAGUGAUUUGAAGAACAAAUUUCCGUAGUGAAGAGAACAAUUUUAUAUUUUUGGUGGCAAUUAAGAUACUCAGGAAUAAUUAGAAUCGAAUUUACUGCAAUAAAAAAAUAAAUAAAUAUUUCGGGACAUUGUGCAAAAUUUCAAAGGCGGAAACUGAUAAAAACAUUUCAAGGAGAACAAUAACAUCAACCACACCAGCAAGAUGGUGGACACUCAACAUUUCUGUCUUAGAUGGAAUAACUAUCAGAGUAGCAUAACAUCAGCGUUUGAAAAUCUUCGUGACGAUGAAGAUUUUGUUGAUGUCACAUUGGCCUGUGAUGGAAGGAGUUUGAAAGCUCAUCGCGUUGUUUUGUCAGCAUGCAGUCCGUACUUUCGGGAGCUAUUAAAGAGUACGCCAUGUAAGCAUCCAGUAAUUGUCCUUCAAGAUGUCGCAUUUACCGAUCUCCAUGCUCUUGUUGAGUUCAUUUAUCAUGGAGAAGUUAAUGUUCAUCAAAGAUCAUUGAGUUCUUUCUUAAAGACAGCGGAAGUGCUUCGCGUUUCCGGUUUGACACAACAACAAGCUGAGGAAACUCACAAUUUAGCUCAAGUACAAAGUUUGGCUCAAAAUGGAGGAAGAACUCCAUUGAAUCAUCAUCAAAGUUACACCGAUAAGCUGGUUGAAGAAGCAUUAUUUCCACAAGGUGCUUCACCACCGCCCCAUCUUAAUAAUUUGCAUAAUCCAUCAGCUCACUCCGGGGCAACUGUCAAUCAGCUUUUGCGUCGUGCUGCCGCUGCAGCUUUUACAAGACGCGAACGUAACAAUUCAUGUCACUCUGAUGAGCUGCAAAUGAAACGACAUCGUCCCGAUAGUGGAAUGAUGGGCCCGAACAUUAAUAAUAACAACUUAGAUAUCAUAAAUCACAUGCCGCAAAUUACUGCAACUGACUUCUCGACCAACAUCAAGCACAUUAAUAACAACCACUCGCCGCAUAUUAAAGAUACUGAUCGCAUGGAUGUUAAGACGCCAAAUGGAAAUAAUAACAACACGCUUAGCACAAACAACAAUGUGGUCAAUAGCAACAUCAAUAACAAUAAUAAUAAUAACAAUAACAUGAAGGAUACAAUUAAUUUGACGACAAAUGGUAAUGGCGGCGGUAGUUUGGGUUCAUCAACUGAUAAGGAAAGUUUAACUCCUUCACCACCUGCACGAUCACAAGAUGAUGUCAAAACGGAACCUCUAGAACUUGUCAGCAACAGCAUUAAUCCGGAUAAUGAUCAUAGCAAUGAUUCGGUCGUUGACUUGCAUUCAAACACUGGGAAUGAGAUGAAAGGUCCACUAAGCUCUCCACAUGAUGAUGACAUGGAUGGCAGCAUACAUAAUCAUAAUCCACCACCGUUUCUUAUGUCGCCAGGCGACAAACUCUUUCCCCCUCCCGGUUCAUUCAAUUUCUCAAUGGCUGCUCUCGCUGCUGAUCCACAAGCAUUAGCAAACUUCAAUUCCAUGCAAUCUGCGGCUGCUGAGCUCGCCGGAUCGCCUCAAGGAAUUGGAAAUCAUGGAUCAGGCAAUGGAGACGCUGGAGGAAUCCUGUCGAAUCGUUUGUCUUUGCCUCUCCCAUUAACUGCUUGCCAUCGAUGUGAUGUGUGUGGAAAGCUUUUGAGUACAAAGCUAACCCUUAAACGUCACAAGGAGCAACAGCAUUUGCAACCGCUGAACAAUGCAGUCUGCAAUUUAUGUCACAAAGUGUUUCGCACAUUGAAUAGCUUAAAUAAUCAUAAAAGCAUAUAUCAUCGUCGGCAAAAGCAUCAUCUUUAUUCAGUUUUAUUUACUUUUUACUUAGUUGCAUUGAAUAUGGAUCCCAAAAAGAAAAAAGCACAACCACAUUUUACUGCUAACAAUUAUUUUACUAAAGACGCUUUUAAAAUUACCUAA